UAUUCACAAUAAGAAUGUAACAUGCUUACUUUGCUCUCAAAACUAGAAUAACUCGCCAAAACGAAGAAAAUGAUAGGUAUUAUCUGGGUAAUAUAUUUACAUAAUAGGAAGAAAAAAGUAUAUGCAACUUCCAAGCCUCAUUUCGAUCGGAUAGUGAAUCAGGACUAUCUCUACGUUUAUUCUUUAUCUACAUAAAAAACCUUCUCAAUGGUGGUUGUAUAAUUUAUGCUAAUAUGAGCGAGUAUCUAGAUAAUAGCCAGUAUAAGCCAGGUUGCAUACUGGUUGCCGUUUGAAUAUGAAGAAAUAACAGACACAAGUACAAACUUCUGCUAUAUGAUAUAUUGUAAUUGGCUGGUGUUUAAGAAUUUCAUGUAUUUUUUUCUUCUUUUUUUGAAUUAUGAUCUUUUUAAUGGAAUGUCUCAUUGACAUUCCAAAGACAUUAACGUUAAUCAAAACUGCUAGAUGAUAUCCCAUAGAACAAAUAGAAAUACAUAUUCCGUCUGAUAUUUUUUCUAGAAUUUUUACUAUUAUAUUUACUUAUAAUUGUUAAUGUUCUUUAGAUUUCUGUUACCAUAAAAUAAAAUGAAGAGCUCCAUAAUUGGUUUAUCAAUUAAUCAUCAACGUCAUCGUGGAAGGGUAAUAGCUCCAUAUUUGACUCAGAUAGGAUUGAGAAGGAUGAGCUCGCAGAAGGACGAUGAAGACGAUUUCUGCGGGUUUUUGGAGCAAAAACCUGGCUAUUCUACCGCCGCCGUUCAUGUUGCUCAAGAACCAGAGAAGCAGGGGGGUGCAGUGGUACCACCAAUUACAAUGUCAAGCACAUUUAAGUUUAAAUCACUCACUGAACCCUUUAACACUUAUAUUUAUGGGAGAUUGGGGAAUCCUGUAAGGAACACCCUGGAAGAAGUCCUAGCAGCUUUGGAGGGUGGAAAAAUCGGUUUUACUUUUGCUUCUGGUAUGGGAGCGAUUUCCGCCGUUUCGUUAUUGCUUGGUAAAGGUGAUCACCUUAUUACAAGCGAAGAUGUCUACGGCGGAACGUAUACUUUAUUCAGUGAAUUCACACCAAAACUGGGAGUCGAAGUGUCGAUGGUAGAUGUCUCUGAACCUGGUGUCUUAGAAAAAACACUUAAAAAAAAUACGAAGAUGGUCUACUUCGAAACUCCAACUAACCCUUCUAUUAAAGUUAUUGAUAUUGAAGAAACAGUGAAAAAGGUGAAAAAAUUUGAUAACAAAAUAAUGGUUGUUGUUGAUAACACGUUCCUUGGAUCAUAUUUACAACGACCACUGGAUUUCGGUGCCGAUAUUGUAUUAUACUCUUUAUCGAAGUUCAUGAAUGGCAACAGCGACGUCAUAUUGGGCGGAGUAAUAGUCAACGACCCUGCUAUAGGUGACAGGCUACGAUUCAUACAAAGAAUCGUGGGAAUAAUUCCGUCGCCUUUCGAUUGUUACCUGGUCAACAGAAGUUUGAAAACAUUAGCAAUUCGUAUGGAACGCCAUAAAAUGACCACAUUAGCAAUAGCAAGAUGGUUGGAAUGUCAUCCUAAUAUUAAAGAAGUCAUGCAUCCAGGUCUAAAAUCUCACAAGCAGCGUAAUAUCGCGAAAAAGCAGUCAACUGGACACUCCGGAGUAUUUAGUUUUAGACACUGUGGAGACGUAAAAGUUUCAGAAAAACUGUGUACUUCAUUAAAAAUCUUCACUCUCGCUGUGAGCUUAGGGGGACAUGAAAGUCUAGUGCAAAUACCAAGCCAAAUGACUCAUAAACUUGUACCCGAUGACGUGAAAAAGCGUCUUGGUAUCACAGACGAGGUGAUAAGGGUUUCAGUUGGACUAGAAGAUUGUGAAGACCUAAUAGAAGAUCUGGAUCAGGGGUUAAAAAUAGCGUUUGGUAAAUAACAGCUUUUUUGUUUGUAUUGGUUAUAUUAUUGUAGACUUUUAUACUAUUAUUGUAUUUUUGCAUUAUAUAGAAAACAACAAUGAUAAAUUAUAUACAUUCAUCAUUGAUGA